AUGCAGCACCCAAAGUCUUUGGCGCUGUUGGGCGCUGUAUGCUCUCUUACAGUGGCUGCUGCUGGCAGCGUGCCGCGUGGAGUUGGACCAGAAUUCAUCUCCCACUACCAGAACAAGGAGUUUGCCUGCAUCGCCAACCCCUCCAUCGUCAUCAGCAUAGAUCGUGUCAAUGACAACACCUGCGAUUGCCCAGACGGCUCAGAUGAGCCUGGCACUGCUGCGUGUGCCUUCAUCGACCCUCUCUCCCCUGAGCAGCCCCUGUAUGGCAGCCCUUCUGGAACUACAAAUGCCACUCGCACCCUGCCCGGAUUCUGGUGCAACAACAAGGGGCACAUCGGAGGCUACAUUCCGUUUACAUUCGUCAACGAUGGCAUCUGCGACUACGACGUAUGCUGUGAUGGAUCAGACGAGAAUGGCAGUGCCAACGGUGUCAAGUGCGAGAACCGCUGUGCGGCGAUAGGCAAGGAGUACCGGAGACUGGCUGAAGAGAGAAAGAAGGCCCAUGCAAAGGCCAUCGUCAAGAAGCAAGAAAUGAUCAAGCAAGCAUCGGAACUUCGUCAACAAGCCGAGGCUCGCGUCACCGCUCUGGAAAAGGACGUCAAGGAUCUCGAGGUCAAGAAGGAAGAAUUGGAGCGCGAGUAUGCUCGAGUCCAAAACGAAGAAGCAGGUAAGAUUGUGCGACGUAAAGCCGGUGCCGGGGGUAAACUCGGUGUCCUCCUUGGUCUCGCCAAGGACAGAGUUGAAGAGUUGCGGGAGGCUCUCAGACUGGUCACGGAGGACCGCGAAAUCAUGCGCGGCAAGAAGAACGAGCUCGAAGCCAUUCUCGCGCAGCUCAAGCAAGACCAUGACCCCCACUCCAAGGAUGAGGUAGUCAAUGUUGCGGUCAAGUCUUUUGAAGACUGGACAGCCCGCGAAGCCUCCGCUGACCAGUCCGAGUUCCUCGAGUCCGAUAUCAACGAGAUCCUCAAAGAGGACGAUGAGACCAACGGAGUGAACUGGAAAGCAUUCGAAGAGCAUCAAGAUGACACGGACAUUCUCUACGAUUUUGACGCUUACAUCCCUCCCUUUAUCCGCGAUGUGCUUCAUGACAAAAUCAGGAUUGUUCGUAAAUGGCUGAUUUCUAAUGGCAUGAUGGCGGAUCCGGCCACUGAUGGUUCAGAAUCAAGUGCUGUCAAGGCUGCUCGGGAGGCGGCCGAAGGAGCCGCGCAGGAGCUCAGUCACAAGACUAGGGAGCUUGAGCAAGAGAGGUCGGAUCUCCAGAAGGAUUUUGGGCCGUCUGACAUUUUCCGCGCCAUCCAGGGCAAGUGUGCCGAGAUUGACGCCGGUGAGUAUACGUACGAGCUCUGCUGGCUCGACAAGACUCUCCAAAAGUCCAAGAAGGGGCAUGCCUCCUCCAACAUGGGCAACUAUGCGCGAAUUGAUAUUGCAAUUGCCGAUGAGGAAGACAGGGUGGACGGUAAGAGCCUAGGCAGCGGUCCCAGGAUGGUAAUGCGAUACGAGAACGGCCAGACCUGCUGGAACGGCCCUCAGAGACGAACCGACGUCUGGCUCGGAUGCGCGGAGACGGAAGAGAUCUGGCGGGUUAGCGAGGCCGAGAAGUGUGUCUACAAGCUGGAGGUGGGAACGCCGGCAGCCUGCGAGGACGAAACUGUCAAGAAAUCGCAUGAAAAGGAUGAACUGUAA